CCCCGCGCCAGCCCCAACCUGCUGGGCUCGGCACAUCCCUCCCGACAGUGUGGGCCCGGUGAGGUGGCUGGGCUGAGCGUGGGCAGUCGGUGGGCCGCAGCGGCACCAUGCCCUUGCCGAGGCGCCGGUCAUCCUUCUUGGGGCAGCAGACCUCUUCCUCCGUGGCCGAGGGCUCGGGGCCGCCCGGUCGCCGGGUGAGCCUCGGUGGUGGUGGAGGAGGAAGCCUGUCAAGACCCCCCGGCGUCUACGUCGGCACCGUCCCCACCGGCGGAGUCAGCAGUUUGGGGACCCGAGUGUCCCGCAGGGCCCUGGGCAUCAGCAGCGUCUUCCUCCAGGGUCUGCGCAGCUCCUCUGCCGCCGUGCCCCUGGCCCCGGGGCUGGAGAAGGGACGGGGCCUCUCGUACGAGAGCCUGAAUGGCUGCUUGGUGGAGUACAUCGAGAAGGUGCGAGCUCUCGAACAGGUCAACCAGGAGCUGGAGGAGCACAUCAGGGUCUAUCUGGACAAGAAAGCGGCGAGCGUGGGCAGCUGGGGAGCGCUGCGGGAGAACUGGGAGGCCAUUUACCAUCAGGUGGGUGAAGCAGUCCUUGAAAAUGCUCGUCUUAUGCUGCACACUGAGAACAUUCAAGCCUGUGCUGAAGAUUUUAAAGACAGGUAUGAAAAUGAGCAGCCAUUCAGAAAGGCAGUGGAAGAUGAAAUUAAUUCUCUGUAUAAAGUGAUUGAUGAUGCUAAUUUAACUAAAAUGGAUCUGGAAAGUCAGAUAGAGAGCAUGAAAGAAGAACUAACUUUGCUGUCGAAGAAUCAUGAAGAAGAUGUGAAGGUAUUAUACAAGCAGCUUGCUGGAUCUCAACUGGAAGAACUUGAUGUUCCCCUGGGAAGUGGCCUGGAUGAUAUACUGGAAAAAAUCAGAAUCCACUGGGAGAGAGACAUCGAAAAGAAUCGUGCUGAGACAGGUGCCCUGCUACGUACCAAGCAACAGGCUGAAACAGUGGCUGCCAUGAGAACCCAGGAGGAAGAGCUGGUGGAGGGCCUCAGAACCGAGUUCCAUGAAAUUGCCUGCAAAAUACAAAGCUUGCAAGCAGAAACCGAAUCUUUGAGAACCUUGAAGAGGGGUCUGGAGAACUCUUUAUACGACGCCAAGCAUUGGCACGACAUCGAGCUGCAGAACCUUGGCUCUGUCAUUUCCAAGCUGGAGGCAGAAAUGGGAGAAAUCAAAGUAGAAACCGAGCAGCAGCAGCGGGAUCGCGAAAGUCUGUUGACCAGCAAGCAACAGCUGGAGAAAGACAUUGCUGCAUAUCACUGCCUGCUGGAUGGAGAACAAAGCAGCUGAUUAUGAAACUCCCAGCUCACAGAAGACCAUUGCCAUUAAAGCAAAAGAUGUCACUGACAAAUAUGUUCAUGGAAGCUAAAAACCCAUGAAAACAGCCUGCUUUAUUCAGUUUGAUUCAUCAAUUGAAGUAGGUUGUAGCUUGAACAACUUCAUUAGACCCUCCUCAUGUAAUUGCUUUGCUUACAGGUUUCAAUUUACUCAUGUUGUUAAAAUUAUAAUAAAAAUAAAGAAUAUCAGGGGUUU